CCACUAACCAAGCUAGUGGAUUCCAAAGAUAAAAAGUCUUGUUCACCAUAUCAGCCUGCCUAGGAGGGGACUUUUCUGCUUUAGGAUCAUAGAGCAAACAAAGCUCAUGAACAAGAAGCUCGAGUGUAGCCUUUGGAUCAAUGUGUGCUGGAAACAAAUGAACAAACCGGAAAGCAAGCGUGAAUCAGCUUGCACCAUGUUCCAUGAUGUGUGUGUGUGUGUGUGAUGCAGACAUACAACUGAAUUACCUCUUGCUUUGUGUCCACUAUCUGAUUUGCUAGCAGAUUCACCGUGAAUCGUCAGUUUGCUCUUUGAUCAGCCUCUGUUCAGGCUGAGAGGUGGGACAGUGGAGUGAUGGGCGGCCUCAUGGAUUCAUCAUCUGGCAUCUUAGAUUCUUUGAAUCAUUUGUUGUGUACCGAGCCAGCGAUGCAAACAAGAAAUUCCUAUCUAAUGUAUCGAGAAGGAAGGAUGCUGACAACGGAAGGCAUCAACUUCUUCAACCGGUAUCAGCUAUGGACAGAUGCUCGUGGUGGAUAACUAAGCUGCUUGAAUCACAACGACGACAGGGGCAAUUGGUAUUAACGAGGAAGAAAUCCUCUGCAACACUUCAGACGGAGUCUUCCAUGCAUGAAAUCGAAAGCACGGGGCCGAUAUAUACAUGUUGGGUUCCUUCGGAGCACUUCACUUCUGGAGUUGCAAGUUAUGGACCUGAGUGGCACACAGAUCCUUGCAUCGUUCUUCGUACUCGUAAUCACAGGUUUCGUAUGGCUGCGAUCGUGGAAGCCCCAAAUGGAGAUGAGAAAAAUCCCAGGGAACAUGGGUUGGCCUCUGAUAGGAGAGACACUCUCGUUUCUGUCGGACUUCUCGAGCCCUUGUGGUAUCUACAGCUUCAUCAAGAAGAGGCAGCGCAGGUUUGCAUGAAUUCCUGCAACAGGUUCUGUAAUCGAUCUACGGUCUCGAUCUCUACAUUGCAUCUUGACCAUGGCUUCUCUCUGUUCCUCGCCGUCAGUCACGGAAGGGUGUUCAAGACGAGCAUCUUGGGAAGGCCUACGGUGUUCGUGACCGGAAGGGAAGCGAGCAGAAUCUUGUUGUCCGGAAAAGAUGGAAGCGUGAGCCUCAACCUGUCGUACGCAGGCAAGCAAGUUCUCGGCCCCACGAGCUUGCUCACCACGGCAGGUGAGGAGCACAAGCAGCUUCGCCGAUUGAUCGCUGAGCCCCUGUCGGUGGAUUCGCUCAAGCGGCACUUCCAAUUCAUCGAUGACUGGGCGAUCAAGACGUUGGAGGGGUGGCCCGGGCGACCGGUGUUCGUCCUGGAGGAGGCAUCCACGUUCACUCUCAAAGUGAUCACCAGCAUAAUGAUGAGCUUGGAGCCAGCCGGAGGUGAGCAGGACGAGUUUCGCGCAAAUUUCAAGCUUAUAUCAUCCACCUUUUCCUCCUUGCCUCUCAAGAUCCCCGGAACGACGUUCCACCGCGGUAUACAGGCUCGGAACAGAAUGUACGCGAUGCUGGACUCGAUGAUCUCCAGGAGGAGGAACGGCGAACACGAGCACCACGAUUUCCUGCAAACCCUCGUGAGAAAGCACAGCAAAGAAGACGAAGAUGGCGGUGAUGAUGCAAAUAAGCUGACCGACACGCAGCUGAAGGACAACGUGUUGACUCUGCUUAUCGCAGGCCAUGAUACGACCACCGCUGCACUUACGUGGCUCAUCAAGUUCCUGGGAGAGAACCCCCAUGCUCUGCAAAAUCUCAGAGAAGAGCACGGUAGGAUCCGAAAUGCUAGAAACGGCAGCUCACAUCUCACCUGGUCUGAAGUCAAUAGCAUGCCUUACACCAACAAGGUGAUAAAUGAAACACUGAGAAAGGCCACCAUCCUACCCUGGUUUUCCAGGAAAGCACCUCGGGACUUCACCGUCGAUGGUCAUACGAUAAAGAGGGAUUGGUCAGUGAAUGUGGACGUCGUAUCGAUGCACCAUGACGCAGAUGUCUUCCCCGACCCCGAGAAAUUUGAACCUUCAAGAUUCGACAAACCACUGAAGCCAUACAGCUUCUUGGGGUUUGGAAGCGGACCGCGGAUGUGUCCAGGAAUGCAUUUGGCGAAGCUGGAGAUCUGCAUCUUCAUCCACCAUCUGAUAUGCCGAUACAAGUGGAAACCUCUGGAUGAAGACAGCAGCUUGCAUGCUACUCUGGUUCGCAUGCCCAAGAACAAGUACCCCAUCACCGUGGAGCCACUGUGAGCGAGUCAUGGCGUUUGUACUCUUCCUUCGGAUUGCUUCAGUGCAACGAAGAAGAGAAGUCACAAAGAACAAGCUCGAAUGUCAAAUGCACUAAACACAGAUUGAUAUAUCGACCUGUUCAAGUCGUUGACCCAAUUAGCCCCAUUAACACGUACGUU